CGACGAGGCCGAGGAGACGUACAAGAAGGCGAUCGAGCAGUCGCCAAGUCAACCUCUCGCCCGGCAGGGCCUCGCGACCUUUUACGAGAAGCGCCAACGAUGGACCGACUAUGCGCGCGAGCUUCAAGGCCUGAUGCAGCUCUUCUCGGACAGCCAGGACGCCGCCAAGUACGCCGAGACGCUCGAGAAGCUCCUCGACGUCCGAAGAAAGCACGGCACCAAGGACGAGCUCAUCGAGACGCUCCACUACUUCCUUCCCUCGGCGCCGUCGCACGCCCUCCUUCGCGCUCUCCCGCCUUACGACCCGACCGCGCCGACCGCCACCGGCUACCCGACCGUCCAGCGCUACUCGGCGUCGCCCCUCCCCGUCCUCCUCGAGCUCGUCUCCCUCCUGUCCGCCAUCGAGACGGCCACGAUCGACGCCGAGAUCAAGAAGCGGCGACAGCGUCUCGGCGGUCCCGCCCUCACGGCCGAGGAGACGACGCGCCAGGUCCAGGCCGAGUACCUGCCGCAGAGCCAGCUUCCGGGCCUGUGGCGCCAGGUGCUCGACGACCCGGACGCGGGCAACGACGAGCCGCUGCGUCGCGACGUCGAGCGGCGCCUCCUCGCGCACCUGCGCACGACCCUGCGCGCCCUCCCGUCGCCGUUCGACGCACCUGUCGUCGACCUGAGCGCCAAGGCCAAGCCCAAGAGCGCCGAUGACGCCGAGCGCGAGCAGAGCGCCAAGGACUACUACCGGCGCGAGGUCGAGGGGCUCGCGCGCGGCAUGGUCGUCAUCGCCGUGCCCGAGCCGACGGCGUGGGAGGCCGCGGUCGAGUGGAGCGACCUGUUUGCCGACGGCGAGCGUGUCGAGGACUGGCCGAGGGAGCGGUGGGACCUGUUGCGGCGUCAGGCGGAGCUGUUCCCCGAAUCUGGGCUCGCCAAGCUGUCAACCGCCACCAGCCAGCGCAUCGCGGCUUCCGCCGCCGCCGCGACUGCCGCCGCUGCGCCCGCCGACGAGGAGACGACCAACGAGAUCCCGACUGCGCCGUCCGACGACGACAUGGCCGACAUCGUCGAGGACGCCCUCGCGAGCUCGCCCAGGUCGCUCGUCACGCACCUUCUCGCGGCGGCCUUCUUCUCGCACCUGAAGGAGUGGGACGCUCUGCUGCAAGUCGCCGAGGCGGCCUUGUCCGUGCUCAAGGGCCUCGAGACCGAGAUCGGCCAGGCGCUGCCGAGGUCUCGGCGCACGCUCGACACGCAUCUCGCGCUCUCGCUCGUGUACAACGCGCCGCCGACGCACCACCUGCGCGCCCUGCGCCUCCUCGAGCACCUCCUCGCGACCGACCCUCCUCCCCCGAGCUCUCCCGCCCUCACCUCGCGCCCGCAUCCCGACCCGUCCCACCUCAUCGCCAAAGCGCACGUCCUCCAGGCGUCCGAGGGCAAGCAGGCCGCGGCGCUCAAGGUGUGGGACCAGGUCCUCGCGCUCCCCGCCGGCGCCCUGCCGCAGGACGAGCUCACGCGGGCCAAGAGCGAGCGCGCGUGGGCCCUGCACCGUGCGGGCCAGUCGGACGAGGCGCGGGCCCAGCUCGAGGACGUCGUCGGCGCGCUCGAGGAGCGCAAGGUGCGGCGGGACAAGGAGCGCGAGGAGAAGGAGAAGUGGAGGAGCAAGAAGGGGAUCGAGAAGGCCGAGGGCGUCGAGGAGGGCGAGCAGGUCGACGAGGCGGAGGAGAGGGCCAGGGCGUGGUGGCGGCUAGGAGAGUGCCUGUGGCAGCUCGGCGAGUCGGCGCACGACCAGACCAAGCCCGCCUACGACGCCUACAUCGCCUCGUUGCGCGCCUCGCCCGGCUUUGCGCCCGCGUUCACCUCCCUCGGCAUCUACUACCGCUCGCUCUCGACGCCCGACUGGGAGCGAGCGUCCAAGUGCUUCCAGAAGGCGUUCGAGCUCGACCCGUCCGAGGAGGUCGCGGCGCGGUACCUCGCCGAGGAGUUUGCCGAGCUCGGCGAGUGGUCGCUCGUCGAGGUCAUCGCGCGCCGGGUCGUCGAGGGCAACAAGGGCCGCGCCGGCAUGGGCGUCAAGGCGGCCGCACGCCUCGCCUGGGCGUGGAAGGCCAUCGGCGCGAGCGAGCUCAGCGCCAAGAAGUACGCGCCCGCCGUCACGGCCUUCCAGGCCGCGCUCCGAGGCGCGCCCGAGGACGUCGCGACCUGGAUCAAGCUCGGCGUCGCGUACCGCCACUCGGGCAAGCACAUCGCGGCCCUCAAGGUGUUCGUCAAGGCGCUCGCGCUCGACGAGAACUCGUGGUUCGCCAAGUACUCGAUCGGCGACGUCCAGCGCGAGAUCGGCCUCCUCGAACCUGCGCUCAAGGCGUUCCGCGACAUCCUCGUCGAGCGCCCAGACGAGCUCGGCGUCAAGGUCGUCCUCGCCGAGACGGCGCUCACCAAGGGCCUCGACGAGCAGCGCGCCGGGUUCGUCGUCCGCGCCGAGGAGUCGCUCGUCGAGGCGCUGCGCGAGGCGACGUCGAUCGUCGAGGGCGGCACGGCGACGAGGGUCGCCUGGAAGGUCGCAGCCGACGCGCUCGUCGGCCUCAGCAAGAUCCCGCAACCCGAGCUCGAGGACGAGCAGUCGUCGCUCAUGGUCCGCCUCCUCGACCACCUCGCCGAGCAGGACGUCGACGCCAAGAUCGCCGGCAUGUCGGCCGUCACCGUCGUCGCCGUUCGUCGCGUCGCAGGUGAGGCGACGCGCUCGAGCCUCGCCAUCGCCAUCGCCGUCCUGUCGUGCAAGAUGCGCGUCCUCCUCGAGACGCAGAACGAGGCGGCGACGGGCUCGGCGUGGUACGACCUCGGCGUCGCCAUGAGCAACUUCCGCCUGCUGCAGCUACCGUCGUGGCCCGUCGCGAGCGACCAGGUCCUCCAGCAGGCGAUCCGGUGCCUCAAGUUUGCCCUGCACAAGGAGCCGCUCAACGCGACGUUCUGGAACGCGCUCGGCGUCCUGUCGUUCGACCUGUCGCCGCGCCUCGCGCAGCACUGCUUCAUCCGGGCGAUCGAGCACAACUCGCGGUCGGCCAUCCCGUGGAGCAACCUCGGCCUGUUCUACCUCGUGCACGGCGACGAGGACCUCGCCAACCAGUCGUUCCUCAAGGCGCAGGUCCUCGACUCGGACUGGGCGGCGGCGUGGGUCGGCCAGGCGACGCUCGCCGACCUCGCCGGGCACGCCCUCGAGGCGUCGGUCCUCCUCGAGCACGCCGUCUCGCUCGGGGGCCAGACGCCCGAGGCCGACAUCGCCUACGCCGGUCGGGCUUUCGCCAAGUACCGCGCGUCGGUCCCGUCGUCGGCCACGGCCGAGGCGCUCCCGACGGCCGCACCGCCGUCGGCGGUCGAGGCGCUGUCAGCGCCGCUCUUCGCCGUCACGCGCUACCUCGCGCAGAAGCCCGACGACCACAACGCGCUGCACCUCAACGCGCUCAUCCUCGAGCAAGUCGGCGACCUCGCGUCGGCGUGCGACUCGCUCGAGAAGGCGGCAUCGAUCCUCGAGGAGCUGUACGAGGUUGACGAGUCGCCCACUGUCGAGGGCCAGUACGUCAUCGCCCAGGUCAACCUCGGUCGCGUCCGUCUCGCCGCCGGCAACCACCAGGGCGCGCUCGACGCGUUCGAGGCGGCGCUCUCGCUCCUUGACCUCGACUCGCGCCCUCAACCCGGCGGCCUCACCAAGGAGCAGUCGGUCACGCUCCUCACUGAAUGCAAGAUCGGCUCGAGUGUCGCCCACGUCGCGCUCGACGACGCCGACGCCGCCAAGCAGGUGCUCGAGGGCGCGCUCGAGGACCUCGAGCCGCACAAGGUCGGCCCGUGCGCGACCCACGUCAGCGACGCCCUCGCUCGGGUAUACUGGUCCGAGGGCGACGAGCAACGGGCUCUCGCAGCUCUACUCGACUCGUCCGACAUGCCGCAGGGCAAGCAGACGCCGCUCUUCCACCGCCGCACCUUUUACGCCCUCGCCAUCGCCACACGCGAUACUGCGCUCCUCCAGACGACUCGGCAGUACACGUGGGACGCCGCCGUCAAGUACGACCCGGAAAUCUCGCGCCUGUCAACGCUGCACCACCUCAGCAAGGGCGACAACUUUGGCGCCUUGUCGACCGUCUCGCGCACCCUGCACGCCACGCCCUGGACGCCCGCCGCCCGGUCCCGCAUCGCCCACCUCCUGUGCCAGACGGCGCCCGUCGACGGUCCCGCCGACUCGACCGACCCGCUCGCGCCGUACCUCGCGACGCUCGAGACGGCCGGCCGGCUCACGCGCGCGAGCGUGCCCGGCGUCGAGGACGCGCACCUGCGCAGCCGGCGCUCGCGCAUGCGCGGCGGCGUCGCGCUCGGUGCGGCGGCCGAGGCCGAGACGGACGAGGACGAGCGCGCGCUCGACGAGCAGGCGCUCAGGCUGUUUGAGCGCUCGCUGUGGGUCGCGCCCUGGCAGGAGCUCGCGAGGAGCAAGUUCGAGACGGCCCGAGCGGCUCUCGCUUCCCGGACCGAGGACGACGACGAGUAGAACAUGGUCAUGCGCAUAGUUGCAGUUGCAGAUAGACGAUUGCGAGAUCGUGCGGCAGAGAGUGGUACACACAGAAGAGAGAGAGAGAGGGAGACAGAUCUGCCCGCUCAGGACACGGUGCAGCCGCACCCUUUCGAGCGAUCGUCAUGCAGCGUGCUCGGGUCCCGCCCAAGCCCACCGACGCUCAAGCUCCGUCGCCGGUCCAUUGCGAGGCUCGGGUCCCUCGGCCUCGUCGGCGCCCUCGGGAACCCAGGGCCGCUGCCAGCCUUCUUCUCGUCCUGCCCGUACCGCACUCCGCCCACCGCACUCGACCUGGGCGACAGCGUCCCGAGGAGACCCGCCGCACCCGUCCCUCUUCGCCCCUCGCCCCCCCGCUUGGCCUGCGCCGUCGCGCGCACGAGCGCGUGAAACGCCGGCUCGACGUUGACGCGCGAUUUGGCCGACGUCUCGAAAAAGAGGCCGCCGGCCUGGCGCGCAAAGGCGAGGCCUUCUUGUGCCGUCACGACGCGCUCGGCGGGCGGCUUGUCGCACUUGUUGCCGAGGACGAGGAACGGGGCGGCAGGCGCGUUUUCGGGCGAGAGGACGGCCGACGGGUUGUCG